GUGACGCCCGGGAGCGCGAGGACGCGGGAUUUGGAGAGUGCGCAGUGGGUGCGUCAGCGGCGACCCUUCGGCCUUAUUUAGGGAGGGGGCGACGCUGAGAUGGGGGCGCCGGCGGCGGAAGCGGAUCGCACUCUGUUUGUGGGCAACCUAGAAACGAAAGUGACAGAGGAGCUCCUUUUCGAGCUUUUCCACCAGGCUGGACCAGUAAUAAAAGUGAAAAUUCCAAAAGAUAAGGAUGGUAAACCAAAGCAGUUUGCAUUUGUGAAUUUCAAACAUGAAGUAUCUGUUCCUUAUGCAAUGAACCUACUUAAUGGGAUCAAACUUUUUGGAAGGCCCAUCAAAAUUCAGUUUAGAUCAGGAAGUAGCCACAUGUCACAGGAUGUUAGUUUGUCAUAUUCCCAGCAUCAUGUUGGAAAUUCAAGUCCUACCUCCACAUCUCCUGGCAGAUAUGAAAGGACUGUGGAUAACAUGUCUCCAUCAUCACAGAUAAUUCAGAGAUCUUUCUCUUCUCCAGAAAACUUUCAGAGACAAGCAGUGAUGAACAAUGUUUUGAGACAGAGGUCGUAUGGUGGGAAAUUUGGUUCUCCACAUCUUGAUCAAUCAGGAUUUUCCCCGUCCGUUCAGUCACAUAACCAUAGUUUUAACCAGUCUUCAAGCUCCCAGUGGCGUCAAGAUCCACCAUCAGCACAGCGGAAAGGCAGACAUGCUUACCCCCAGACAGCAGACCGACAUCACAACCGUGAGCAGCGUUACAGUGACCAUGGGUCUGACCAUCACUACAGAGGAAACAGAGACGACUUCUUCUAUGAAGACAGGAAUCACGACGGCUGGAGCCACGACCAUGACAACAGGAGAGACAGCGGCAGAGCUAGGAAAUGGCACUCCUCUCGGAACUGACGCGGGCCCGCGGCUCUGCGGUGGGCUCCUCCCAGGCCCGCUGACUGAGGGGCCCGGGGUGUUCUGUUAAAGCUGUAGAGAACAGUUUUACAAGUUGCCACAUUUCUUUGUGAAAAAUUUAAAAACCUGUAUCUAUAGUUAGAGAAAUGAGAAGAAUUGUGGUGCUAGUUUUUACAUUAAUAACCUUUCACCUCAGGGUUUCAUGACGAGGAAAGGGUUUUAUGCAAAAGAAAGUGCCACAAUUCCUGAUUGUUUCGGACAUUGAGGAAGGGAUGUAUUAUAUGGACUUGUUGUAUUAUAAAGCAACUAUUUUAAUGAUCUGCUACCUAUUGUAUUACAAGAACCUGCUUAUUAGUGAAUCACAUUUUGUGUAUUAAUAGAAAGCAUUCAAGUUGGUAGUCUAAAAUACAGUAGUAUUUUGUUAAUGAGUAAGAAAAUGUAAUUUCAGUGAUUCAUUUUACUAAUAUUUGAGAAAGUUUAUUGGUAAAAUUUGGGGAUAAAUCAUAUUGUUUAACUACAUAGAGAACAUAAGUGUAAGUUCUGUGACAUGCCCUUUGAGUUUUACCCUGAUCGGACAUCCAAGUGUAAAUCUACACUUGCUAUUUCAUUCUAAAAUGUUAGAAUUUUCUCAUUAAAUCAUGUUUGACUGAAUAACUGAAGUCACUCAGGAAGUUAAAUAUCUCUAAAUGUAUUUUUUUUUUUUUAAUAUUAAAAAUACAGCGUUAGUGUAAAUCCCCCUUUCCUGGAACGCACAGUCAGAUAAAAUGGUUUAUUGAAAGUAUACGUGUUUGGGAAAGGUUCACAAAAUCUUUAAAUGCUGCCUCGAUUACUCAGACUUUAAAAAUGUACAGUUUUCAAAGUGCCCAGGGCAUGUGGGCAAGGACAUAUUUUGUUAUGGGGAUUGCACAUGUUGUCUUUUUGUUUGAACAUUUGAAAGAGUUAAGUCUUAAAUACUUUCUGAUUUAAAAUUUUAAAAAUCUUGUUUAACAAAACAUUUAUGUAUCGACAAUGUUUUCCUUUCGUUGUAGAAUUUGUUUAUGCAGAUUCAUUCCUUGAUAUAUUUGGAUCCUUUUUAAUAACUACAGCAUUUGUACUGUUACUUUUUAAUAUAUUGAAAACAUAUAAAUGAGUAUGUGUCUUCUUUUUAA